UAACAACAGCAACAACAACAACAUUAAGAACGAUUGCUGCACACCAACAACUAGGAGCUGCAGAAUGAUCGAGUUGAUGAAAUGUGAUGCUUAACAAUAACUACAUACUUUUACCAAAAUCAAACAGUUCUACACCCAAAAGCAUAAAGUGAAAGACAUGCAGCAGCUGUUGGUGACAAAAGACGGCUUUCUUACUGAGCAAUGGAAUCCGAGUCUGAACCAAAAGGACUCAGAGCCGCCAAACAUUAAAGAGGAACAGGAGGAACUCUGGGUCAGUGAUGACGGAAUACAGCUUCAGGGGCCAGGGGAGGCUGACAUCACUAAGUUCCCUUUCACUGUUGUCUCUGUGAAGAGCGAAGAUGAAGAAAAACCACAGUCAUCACAGCUUCAUCAAACACAAAGAGAUGAUGGUACCGAAGUGGAGCAUUUUGCCAGCAAUUCAACUGAACACAACACACUGAAAACAGAAGCUAAUGGAGACGACUGUGGUGGAUCACAACCAGAUACUGAUGACAUGCAGCAGUUAUUGGUGAUGAAAGAGGACAUUUUGCCUAAACACCAGGAGUGGAAUCUGCAUGUUUACCAGGAGGACAUUAAAGAGGAACAAGAGAAACUCUGGGUAGGUCAGCAGGGACAGCAGCUUCACCAGCUGGAGGAGGGUGAUAUUACUAAAUUUCCUUUCAUUGCUGUCCCCACAAAGAGUGAAAAUGAUGAUGAGACACCACAGUCAUCACAGGAUCAUCAAAGCCAAAGUGAUGAGAGCACAGAGGCUGAGCCUGUAGCCAGCAGCUCAAGUGUACAUAGAACACUGACAGCACAAGCUGAUGGAGAGGACUAUGGAGGAGCACAACUAGCCAACAACUCGGGUUCAUACAGUCAUUUACAAUCAUAUACCAAUUGUAAGAGUUCAGACAAUUCUGAAACUGAGACUGACAACAGUUGUGAAUGGAAACAGUCCAAAGAAGGUUUUAACUAUCAGACACAUAGCAAUGUCUCAAAACAACACAGAGGAAUGCAAGCAAAUGAAAAACCCUUUAGUUGUACUGAGUGUGGCAUAAGAUUUGGACAAAAGAGCAGACUGACCAGACACAUGAGAAUUCAUACAGGAGAGAAAACAUUUGGCUGUUCUGAGUGUGGUGCAAGAUUUGAACGGAAGGGCAACCUUAUUACACACAUGAUCAUUCAUACAGGAGAGAAAACGUUUGUCUGUUCUGAGUGUGGUAAAAGAUUUGGACGGAAGGGUGAUCUGAUGAAACACAUGAGAAUUCAUACAGGAGAAAAACCAUUUGACUGCUCGGUGUGUGGUAAAAGAUUUGGCCACAAAAGCAGUUUGGUCACACACAUGAGAACUCAUACGGGGGAGAAAACAUUUGGCUGUUCUGAGUGUGGAAAAAGAUUUGGACAGAACUGUGAUCUGGUCACACACAUGAGAAUUCAUACGGGAGAGAAACCAUUUGGCUGUUCUGAGUGUGAUAAAAGAUUCGGGCGAAAGAGUCAUCUUAAUUUUCACAUGAGAAUUCAUACCGGAGAGAAACCAUAUGGCUGUUCUCACUGUGGUAAAAAAUUUGGACAUAAGAGCAAUCUGGUCAGACACAUGAGGAUUCAUACAGGAAUGACUGACAAACAGCAUGGUCAUUGAAAGAAACAGAUAUAAUACCAGUGGUGGUUGUGGCGACAGGGCUUAUGA